CAUGUAUAAAGCCAGUACUUGCAGUUUUGGCCAUUUUGUGUUUUCGUCUGAAAUGGAAUCGUGGUUGACCUUCUGCAGUCUCUUCUGAUCCACGGAGAUGGGGCUGUUGAAAUGUGCGACAAAUUUCCUCUGUCGUGCUGUUCUACUGAAAGGCCUGAAGUACAGCACCCGAGCAAAGAUGAAGCCAGGAUAUCAACAGGCUAACGUGGUGAUCUUGUACAAGGAUCAUGCUGAUGACUUUGAGGCGUUUUGCAGAGCUAACAGUAGCCCCCUCCCGCUGCUGUACCGGAGCAAGUGUGGAGAAUGGAGCUGCGGCCCCCUCGCCACAGGAUCUGACAUCAGGGAGGACUGUCCAGAGUACUGUGUGUUUGAGAACGGUGUGCUAAUGAAGAAGGUCGCUAGUUUAUCCUCUUACACUCCUCAGCUUCAGGACAUGGUUACGUUCUACCUCGGCUGUAGUUUUGGUUUUGAAUCAGCCUUGAAGGCCGCUGGGGUUCCAGUGAGAAAUGUGGAACAGGGUAAAAAUGUCAGCAUGUACAAGACCUCAGUAGCUUGUAUUAGAGCAGGUCAGUUUCACUGUCCGAUGGUGGUGACCAUGAGACCUGUACCAGAAGACAAGCUGGACGCUGCAGCUCAGAGCACACACGCGAUCCCCCUGGCACAUGGAGGCCCCGUCCAUAUUGGAGACCCUAAGCUCCUGGGUAUCCAGGACUUGUCACAGCCAGACUAUGGGGACCCAGUGAAGCAGUGUCCUGGUGACGUGCCUGUGUUCUGGGCCUGUGGGAUCACUGGUGUUGAAGCUGUACAGAGCUGCAAGCCCACUCUGGCGUUCACACACUCUCCUGGCUGCAUGUUCAUCACCGAUCAAAAGGCAGAAACUGUUUCGCCCCUCACUCUUGAGCCAGCACAUUGCCCUUUGACUAUCUGCAUUUCCCAGAAUCCUCAGCAUUACAGUAUUGCUAGCAAAAGAGCUGUUCAACAAAUUCGAGCAAUUGAGGAACUUGUUGUUGAAGACCCAGGUUCCAGAGGUAUCCGGGCCCUGUUCCUGCAGGAUGAGCUCCUAAAGGCCUGUCUCUCGCUGUCCCAUUCCUCCUCUGUUCUCAUCACCACUGGUUUCCCCACACACUACAUGCACAACCCCCCUGAAGAGACUGAUGGCCCGCCGGGGGCCAUUGCCAUGGCAGCUAUGCUUCAAGCACUCUGCAAAGAGGUGGUCAUCGUGACAGAUGGACGCGCUUUGGAGAUGAAUCAGCACAUCAUGCGGGAUGCUGUGGCGAAAGGUGUGAUAAAGACUGCUGUGCCAGUAAUAAGUUUCCAGAAUGAAGGCCCUGACUCAGCACUUCACUUUCUGUGCCAUGAUGGAGAUCCCACUAAGCCCAGGUUUGAUCACUUGGUGGCAAUAGAGCGCAGCGGCCGGGCUACCGACGGGAACUACUACAACAUGAGGGGGGUCAACAUCAAGCAUUUAGUCGACCCAAUAGAUGACCUCUUCACUACUGCCAGCACUAUAGCAGGCAUCACUACUACAGGGAUCGGGGAUGGAGGUAAUGAGCUUGGUAUGGGCAAAGUCAAAGCAGCAGUUAAAGCAUACAUGCCUAAUGGAAAUCUGAUUGCGUGUGACGUGGCUGCUGAUUUUGCCAUCACAGCAGGAGUGUCUAACUGGGGGGGCUAUGCUGUCGCCUGUGCUCUGUAUGUUCUCAAUCUGUGCCCUGUACACUGGCGGUACCUCCACAGUGGUUUGGGUCUGUCACUGACGCCUGAUCAACAGAGCCUGUGGAUGGCCUGCCUGCCCACUGUAGCCAAGGAGGAAGAGAUGCUCCACAUUUUGGUGAAAUAUGGCGUACGCAGCGGUAAAACGGCAAACCUAGGACUGGAGGUGGAUGGAUUGACCUUUCAUUCCUACCAUUCUGACAUCAUACAGCGGCUUCGAAAUCUCACCCUCGCCUGAUGUCAGUGUGGCCUACAUCACGGACACAUCACAUAGCCACAGGAACCAUGACUCAGUUCUGACACUGGUCACAGAUGACUAGAGCUUGUUUGUAUAUUCUCACUCAUUCUCACAGACGAAUAUGAAUAUGGGAAUGUAAUCGAAAGAGCUGCACUUGUAAUAUUUAGGUGAGUGUGACGUGACAUACGGCCAAGUAUGGUGACCCAUACUCAGAAUUUGUGCCCCGCAUGCAAAGUGCACACACACAGCAGUGAACACACACCCGGAGCAGUGGGCAGCCAUUUCUGCUGCGGCGCCCGGGGAGCAGUUGGGGGUUCGGUGCCUUGCUCAAGGGCACCU